AAGUAAUGGAAAAUCAUUGAUAUUAAAGACUUUGUGAGAAAUUUGUCAUAGUAUAUUUUUUUACUUACUCCUCCGACAAAAAUUUCCAAUAAUAUUUCAUUAUGGGUGAAUAUGGCGAACUUGUGGAACCCCAGAGCACCAUGGAGUCCAUAAUCGACAAUCUGUUCACCCGAUUAAGGCUCAUUGCCGUGGACGUGGAGAAGGUGCAGCGAUCCAAGGAGUUCCUGACCACCAUGCAGCGACGCAGCACAUUCCUGCGGCUACUGGGUCCUGCGGACGACGACAGCAUCCACCGGGAAAGCGAACUGGCCUUGCUGCACACCAAGUUCUCGUUGAACUCGAACUUGUACGGAAUGAUGGACGCCUUGGAUGAGGACAUCGGAGACGAGGAGAUGAGUGAGGACCUGUGCCAAAUGUCCUUUGAGGAGGAUCGCUGGCAUAGCUUUUUUCCGGGAUUCGAGAUCCUAAAUAGCCCAAUGCCCAGCGAUCCCAAUGAGAGCCGCAAGUGCGUGGAACUAUCUGUACUGACACCCUGCGAUCGGGAAAUCAAGGCCUAUCUAAUUAACGGCGUCCGCUGCUUCAUGUUGAAUCUUUUCGUGGGCACUCAGCGGGACAACCAGAUGCUGAUCGUUAGGCUCCGGGAGGCGGAGAUCUGUGUGUCCAGGGAGUUUGGCUUCCCGGUGGCGUCCUCCAUUGUAGCGAAAAUGACCCCCCGCCACCAGUACACCGGCUCAUUCAGUGCCCAGUAUCGGCACGAUGGUAUCUUGUCUGUGGAACUACCCAAGAAUCACAAGGUCGAACUGUCCGUGGACCGGGAGUACUCCGAUCGGUGCACCAUCGACAUCAUUUACGUAAAUGCACGUUUCCUGCUCAUCGACGUAAUGAAAUACGACUACAUUCUGAUCGGCGAUGACAUCCAGCUGGUGGUCAAGGAAGUGCACGCAGAUUACCUUGACUGUUGCGUCGUCAAAGGCGGUACCCUUACUGCCCACAUGCCGGUGCUUUUCCCUUCCAGAUGCCGGCGCUUUAGGGUGUCGUAUGAGGAGCUGGAGGAUCUGACAUUUGCCCGUGAGGUGGGCAUUAAUGUGGUGAUUAGCCAUAUCGUCGGCACCCCGGCGUAUAUGAAAAAUCUGGAGGAGGCGAUGCUCACCAUGCAUUGCGACGGCAUGCGGCUAUUUGCCAGGGUGGUGCUCAACGAGAUUCAGGGCUGCGACGGAGAGCUCAACUGGGCCACCAAAGAGUACGAUGGUUUUCUGGUAGAGCUCGCCUUGCCGGAAAAGGUGCCGGACAUAAUGCACCUGUGUCCCAACGCCGAGUGCUUCAUGCAACUGGCCUACGAAUCCAAAAAGCCCAUCCUCUUUAAUCCGGCUUACAUAGAUCAGCAAAUACUGAGAGUGGAUCCGGAGCACUACUACUACACGUUCUACUACCCCGACAAGUAUGUCGUGCCCUGCUUCCAUCCCAGCCCAACCCGUUACUUCAGCUUCCUGCAGAACGCAAUCUUUGAGCAGAUUACCCCACAGGCUCUGGGAAAGGCCCCGUACUGCGAUCGAUCCCACACGGGAGCGGACACCUUGGCCCGUGCCGUGGUUACGGCCGCCAUGGAGGUCCAAGCAGCGGCGAUUAUCGUGAUCGGUGUGACCCCAAGAAUGGUCCAAAAGAUCUCCCACUUUCGGCCACAUGCGCCCAUUCUGUUCGUCAGCCACAUGCGUUCCGCUGAGGACUAUGUGUCGGUAUUCUUCAAUGUUACCAUGCUUUCCUUCCGCACCAAGAGCUUCAUCACCCACCAGAGGAACAUCUUCCGGAAGGCCAUCUAUGCUCUGGCCUAUCUUCUGAAGCGGAAAACGGUCAAGCAAAACGACAAGGUCAUCAUGGUGUACAAUUUCGAGGAGCGUACCACCUUUCCUGAGAAGUAUAUCAUUUACAAAGUGGACAAGAACCACUUCCCCAGGCACAUGGCAGAAACGCUCUUCCCUACGGACAGGGAGCAGAAAAAGGACUCCCUCAAGGACAUCGAGCCUUUGAAAGAGGGUUGAGUUUAAUAAUUUAUUUGGUGUUUGGUGGAUAAUCGGAA